AUGCUCCGACGCUCUACCUGUGACGCAAACCAUAUUCGCCAAUUUUUCCUCUCCAAGCAUAGAUACUUUGCCCGCAGGAAGAAGUUUAUUGCGAAUAUGGACGAGACAAUGCUCUAUUCCAAACGUCGCUAUAAAGUUCUUACUGCUGGCCGGAAUCGCCCAGUUCGCGCUGAAAAGUCUCAGCUUCCACAUCUUACAGGGGUCUGUACCAUCUUUGCAGAUGGUACAACUAUGAAGCCAAUGGUGAUACUUCCACAAAAGAAGACCCUUGAUGCGGAAUUGGAAGAUCUGGACGCCUUUUUUGUUCGCUCCGAGAGUGGAUGGAUGAACAAAUACCUUUUUAUGGUAUACUGUAUCAUGUUCAUCUGCAAAGUACAGGAGAAAAGGUCUCAAAUGAAUGUGUUUGAUGCCCAGGUACCUUUUCUCCUAAUUGUAGAUGGUCAUCCAUCCAGGCUCUCUUUCUUGGCCGUUCGCCUCUUGAGCGCCUUCAAUAUCGAGCUUCUUGUUCUCCCAGGCCAUACAUCUCAUAUCUUACAACCUCUUGAUGUUGGGAUUUUUUCUCCCUUGAAGGCCCAAUUCAAGAAGUUGUUUGAUAUGGCGACUAUCCGGUACGAUCAGCAAGGGCAUAUGGUGAUCAAUUAUGUAUGGAACGCCAGAGAACUGCGCUAUAUCAUGGUUCGCAGCUUCCUUGAUGCAUGUAGUGUGUCUUGCACAGCUACAAACAUCGAAAAUGCUUUUAAAGCAACAGGAAUCUAUCCAUUGGAUAUGAACAAACCUCUUGCUUCCAGAUACAUUGUAGCAAAUGGAGUUCCUCCUGCAAGGCCCAAUUUUGUCAACGACAAAGUCCUUACAGAUCCAAAUGUGAUGAUGCAAGUCUUCCAAAUGGAAUAUGGACGCCCCAUGCAGCAACAGGAUUGGUAUUUCAAUCUGUUUGUGGCUAUGCAAUCUGUUUUGGCCUGGAAUGGAGCAUAUGGCCAGGUUCUUAGUCGUGAGUUACAUCUCCUUUAUCCUACUGCAGGUGGAUUUCAAAAAAUCCAAUUAAAAUGA